CUUCCUCCUUCAUCACAAUCUCAAUCUUUCAAAAAAUUCCGAAUUCAAAACUCCAAAAUCCCUCCAAUAACGGCUCGUACUAAGCAAACUGCCCGCAAAUCUACCGGAGGAAAGGCUCCAAGAAAGCAGCUAGCAACAAAAACUGCUCGGAAAUCGGCACCAGCGACUGGAGGAGUGAAGAAACCUCACAGAUUCAGGCCUGGAACUGUAGCUUUGAGAGAGAUUCGUAAGUAUCAGAAGAGCACUGAACUUUUGAUUCGUAAGCUUCCAUUUCAGAGAUUAGUGCGAGAAAUCACUCAAGAUUUCAAAACGGAUCUUCGUUUCCAAAGUUUUGCGGUAGCUGCUCUUCAGGAAGCUGCUGAAGCUUAUUUGGUUGGAUUGUUUGAGGAUACUAAUUUUUGUGCUAUUCAUGCUAAGAGAGUUACUAUUAUGCCUAAGGAUAUUCAGCUUGCCCGUAGGAUUCGGGGUGAGAGGGCUUAGAUUUUGAUUUUUGAUUGUAAUUUUGGUUAGCAUAGGUAUUUUGAAAAUAUUAGUAAUGCUUUAUACAUGCUCUGUAUGAUUAUGAUUAUCUGAAGGAUUAUUAGUAAUGCUAAUUUUGUCUAUCAUCGCUCAAUUAUUGUUAUUACUACCUUACUAGUAAUCUGCUGGAGUUUUGAUUUGAUAUGAACAACAAAUCUCCAUUAUUUUGUGUACACAAGUCUUGCAAACCUAAGUUUGAAAUCAGCAAAUUUAGUUAGAAUCCCAUUGAUUCAAACACAAUUGAAUAAAAAAGGAAGAAUCUCAAGCCAACCAUUAUGGGGAACGAUUGUGGAAGCUUGAAUUUAAUUUUGUUGAUGAUAAAUUCAGAAAUUAAAGAGAAAUUAGUAUCUUCUCGAUGAGGAGAGAGACAGGUAAAUGGAGGAAUUCAAUGGAGA